UGUCAAAAAAGCUUUACAACUAGUGGUCAUCUUGCUAGACAUUAUAGGAUUCAUACAGGCGAAAAAAAUUACAAUUGCCUGCAUCCAGGAUGCUCAAGUAAAUUCUCUCGUCAAGAUAAUAUGAUGCAACAUUAUAGAACACAUAUAGCA